AUGGCUUCUAGUUCGAAUGUGGAUCCUCGUGGAGCAUCAGAGUCAACAGUUUUGAAGAGAAACUCGAAUGAUGUUGCUUGGGACUAUGGAAUUUUGUAUGAUCUGAAGAAUCUUGACAAGGUCAAAUGUAAAUUGUGUGGGAAAGAAUUUUCAGGAGAAAUUUGGCUAAGGCAAAAUAAAUUAAAACAAGAAAAUCACUUUUUCAUUUUUUUUCCUAAGGCAAAAAUCACUUUGUCUCUCUCGAUUUCUCUCGAUUUGUCACAGUCAACAACAGGGAUCUUAACUUCGGUCAACGCCGCAGAUGAUGGGUCCAGUAGUUUCGGAAAAACCAACCUGACCGGAGUUAGAAUUUAUCCGACAUUGAGUCGGCGACGAUUCUCAUCGAUCCGAGUUGUGUCCCCAAUUCGCGGAGAUGCCCAAUCUUCCUUUAGUCGCAGUUCUUUCGUUUGCUCUCAGAAUCUUGGUUUGAGCGGUGGAAUCAGUGGUUUCAGUGCACCUGAAGCUCUGCCAAAUGUUUGUGAAAAUGCCACUCCUUCUUCCAUCAAAUCUUUCAACCAGUUGAUUGAGACUUUGAUUGAUCGGGUUGAUCUAUCUGAAGCUGAGGCUGAAUCAUCUCUCGAGUUUUUGCUGAACGAGGCAAACGAGGCACUAAUUAGUGCCUUUCUGGUUCUCCUGAGAGCUAAAGGAGAGACAUACGAAGAAAUUGUGGGGUUGGCUAGGGAAAUGAUGAAGCAUGCCAGGAAAGUGGAAGGAUUAGUCGAUGCUGUGGACAUAGUUGGAACAGGUGGUGAUGGAGCAAACACAGUCAAUAUAUCAACUGGAUCUUCAAUACUUGCUGCAGCUUGUGGUGCAAAAGUAGCAAAGGUAAUAAAGGAUUAAGCUACAGAUUAAUGGAGAAAAGAAGCUGGCUUUCAAUGAGUUUUUGAAAGACCCAUCUGGCAUGGAGGCUGUGAUCAACGCUAAGGCUUUGCAGAGUUAUCAUUUAGUUGAAGAUACUGAUGAUACUUACAGCAGGUACAAGCAUGAACUAAGAUCCUGAGUUUUACAGCUUUUAUGCUCCAAGUAUAUAUGAAAAUGUUCAUGUUGCAGAGGUUUGAACAAAAAUCUCAAGAUUCUGAGUCAUUACCACUUGUUCCCAC